AUGGAACAAAACGAGCGGAAACCGUGGAAAAAGAAUCUGUACGAGAAUCAAGGAUAUGAAGAUAACUAUACAGACACAAGUUUCUUGAAGGAUCUCAAGAAGAAUUACAAUUUAGAGCAAUUUUCUUUGAAACAAUGUUUAUUUGGUGUCACAAAGAUCUCUCAAGAAAUAUCCAUCGUGACUUUAUUCCUAAUUAUAUUUUAUCAUCUCUAUACCAAUGAAAUACAGCCACAGAAGCUAUUAUUCAACUCGUUUGCAUUGACUGGAAUUGGAUAUUUAAUUUAUAUAAUUUAUAAUGGAACCGACAGCGAAAUAGCCAAAAAUGUCAUUGAAGAUUCUAAAACAGUCUUUACUGUGCUGAUAUUUGGAUACGUGUUUAGUCCAAUUCUUCACAAUUUAACAGACAGCAUCUCAACAGACACGAUAUUCUCAACAACAUUCAUUAUUCUAUUUUUUCAUCUCCUGCUUCAUGAUUAUGGAAUUGAUGGAUUUCUUGUGUCCAGAACAAUAUCAUUAAAUAAUGGAAUAUUUGCAUCAAUCUGCUUAGCUUCUCGGCUGUCAACACCCUUCCAUGCAUUUGUCUUUCUCGUGAUAUCUGUGGAGAUAUUCGUACUUAAACCUUUAUUGUUCGAGAAGAUCUGGAAACCAGCUAUGCUAAUUCCUAUAAUUGGAAUCACUAUAUAUUAUUUAAUGAAUAUAUCCAAAGUACUUCUAGUGUUCUAUUUAUUAAUAUUAUUCUUUAUAAAUAUCGUGUGUCCAAUCAUAUUUCAAAGACUUCAUAAUCAUAAAUGUACUAUUAAAGGUCCGUGGGAUGAAGCUAUAAUAUUCUCUGAUGAUGAAAGUGACUUUAAUAAAUGA